AACACGAUUCAAUUUCCGUAAUCUCGAGUUGGGAGUCUUAACUGAAAACAAGGAUCAUCGCUCUUUGAUCAUAUCGAAACCCCACGUUUUUUAUAAUGAUUGGAAAUUCAAGCUGGGGACUGCAUAUGAAAAACUUUUCAGCAGAUACGGAAAAAGCAGCAGCUCAAAACACCAGUGACCAAGAUUGCUUACAAAGAAGUGGCCACGUUGAAAAAGCCAUUGCUUACUCCUCGAUUCUCGUGGUUUCCUUCGUCGGGAACCUUCUAGUACUAAUCAUCUUCUACAAAAACAGACAGUUGCGAAGGUCACCCACCAACUUCUUCGUGUUUAAUAUGGCCUUGUCCGAUCUGUUUAAUCCUUUAACCAUCUUGCCUAUCAAAGUCGUCGAGAUCAUCUCAGGAUCUGACUCCUGGAAAGUUUCCAAUCCAUGGCUCCUUGGGAACAUUUUGUGCAAAGUUUGCUACUUUCUUCCAGAUGUUUCGUUGCUGGUCUCUAUCCAGACCCUUCUAUUGAUCUCAUGUGACAGGCUCUUAGCUGUGGUCUUUCCAUUAAAGGCCAGUCUCAUCUCCUCAAAGGUACGAUUGACCGCCAUCUUGUGCACGUGGCUCGUCGCCUCUGCUAUUCAUGCACCUUAUUUUUACGUCUUUCAAUUGUUCUCUUACCAAAAUGAAGCGUACUGCAAGCAGCAUUGGGGACAAGAUCAUCUAGAGACAUUCAAGAAGUUUGUUACAGCAACGUAUAUCAUUUUCCUUAUGGUUCCUUUUAUCCUCUUGGUCUUUCUGUACGGCACUAUCGCGUGGACUUUAAUAAAGAAUAACAAGAGAAGUCAACGGGAGUUAUCUUGCAUCCAACGCCAACGAAAUCAGCAGCUCCGAAAAACUAUCCGGAUGUCAGCAGCCAUAAUAAUCGCAUUUUUUAUUUGCUUGAGUCCAGUUAUUGUUUACAUGUUCACAACGAUUUUUAUUUGGAAUUGGAAUUCAGACUUAGAAGUUUGCUUAUUUCAAACGGUGAUUUCAUUCUUUUCGUUCUUUAUGCUUCAUGCUUGGAGUGCUAUAAAUCCGUGCAUUUGCUUGAUUUGUAUUAAUAUCUAUCGGAGAAGCCUUGUACGAAUUUUACCUUUUAGCUCCGGAGUCGUCCAUGUGACUGCUUCUCGUUAAAUAAAGAAUAUAAUUCUCCAUGAAAAUACAAGGAAAAUCGUGGGAGAACGGCCUCAUUAUGUUGUCUUAAGGUCAUCCCAAUUUAGUGUCUCGUUUCCCAUCGCCCUCCCUCUCGUGAGGGUGGGUCGGUCGGUCGGGCAAAAUAAAAAAAAGGAACGAAUACUUGAAGGGGUCUGGGAGGCAGAGAAGGCCGGGCUGCUAAGUAAGAAAGCUUGGUUACAAAGUUAACCCGAAAACGUGGUUUCUUCGUUCGUUAUUCUUUAUCUACAAUGGCACUUGUGAUAAGAUUACGAAAAAGGAAGAGAGUUUUGGCCUUACCUAGGGGUGCGUUCGUUAAAAAUGUUCUCGAAUGCAACUUCGUGUUAAAACUAAACUUUCAGUCGCCCCCAUUAUGAGAUUGAAACUGACAAGCAAGACUCAGUUAGAAAGUUACUGUUUAAUCAAAAAAGCUGUACAUAUCUUGACGAAAUGUUCUUUUCCAAGAAACAUUCAGUUUAUCUUCCAGUUACUUUUGCAUGUUAAAUCUCAUAUUUAGUCUUGAAGGUAUAAUCAGAUGGUAAAAGAUGUAUAUUAAAACGACUGUCAAAUGUCUAAAAAGGCUUUAAAAACGUUGCAGGAGUUUUUUUUUU